UCGGAGUCGAAGCGUUGCGAGCCUGUUCUCGAUAGAGAACCACUUCGCGUCCUACCUCCCGCUCACAAGCAUCCCCACGCGGUCGGCAGUCACCGCAAAGUGGACACUGUGGGAUCUCGUGAGCGCAUCUCGCUAGCCCAACCUGUAUCCUUUCGAAACGCGGAGGAGCCGUCGCCUGCGCCAGCAGACGGCCGAGUACUCAGGAUCUCCUAUCGACUCGGGACGACGCCAACAACGGGCUGCCUCCGCGCCGCUGCCGAGUCGGAUACCACGUCUAUCCCUCCUACACCACCGAAGCUCUUCAGAAUCCCCAUUGACGCCUAUAUCGGACUCGGCCUCGAUCAACCUUGAACACUUCCCCGCCGAACCAGCCUUCGAACUUCCCUCCCUGUUCGACAUUCAGUUCGAUCUAAGCAUGACUAACACACCUCCAUCCCUUGCCGGCUCUGCCGCCGAAGCUGAAGAGGCCGAGCGACAAGCGCGCGGCGAGGAAGAUAACCUACCUCCCCGCGAACCGUCGCCUACGCCCACCCAAGUAGGGCGCAGCCGGUUGGAGACCAUCCGCGUCGCGUACGAAGAUGAAAUGUCGCAAGCCGACCCUCUCCUCCCUCCCGAGCUCCGUUCUCUGAAGGGGCGAGUCCGCAAAUACGCGCUGCAACAAGAGCUUGCAGUUACGGACAUCGUCGACUGUGGAAGAGGCUUGCAGGACGAGGAACCACGAUACGCCAUCAAGUACGCCCUGACCAAGCCGGUGUUCGACACGGUGAACAAGAUGCAGCUGGUGCUCAACUCCCUAGCGGCGUACUUGCCGGAGAGGACGCACACCUACCAAAUCGAUCCAAAGAAUACCUUCCGGGAUAUCCUGUUGAACGCCGCCUCCCUCGAGGAGCUGCAACUGGCCUGGGUAGGCUUGACUGGACGCCUCAUGGGCGCGCAACAGGUCUACAACAAGUACUACGUGGAGGCCCUCAAGGAGCAAGGGGCGAGACACGUGGACCUGGUCUCGCAACCAGCUACCACUCCAUCGACCAUCUACCGGGAAAUAGAAGCAGAAGACGAACCACAUAGAAGACUGCGCUUGGCGUUAGGAGGUUUACCGAAUUCGCGCCCGACCCCCGAAGAGCGAGCGGAAGGCCGUCGAACGGGCGCCUACCUGGGCACGGAUGUGCGAAGGAUGAUCGUCGUGCCCCCCGCAGUGGAGGAGUCCUUCCCGCCGCGCGAACCCGAAGCUAACCCCAAACUCCUAUACUACGACGAGCGCAACCGCCUCCGAGCUAUCCCCCCCAAGACUACGUACGAGAACCCGCUGGGUUACUCGCCCGUGGAAUCUCCUAAGAGGAGCCAGGAGGAAGGAUCGAGCGGCCACCGGGGGGAGGAACCUCCCCCCUCGCCAGCACGGCCACCCCCAGUUCCGCCUCGACCUCCUCGGCGCACGCCUUCGGUGUCUUCGUCCUCCUCGACCUCGUCGUCAUCAAGGGCGAGCCCGACGAGGCGGCCGCGACGCUCAGGUCACUCGUCCACCUCGGAUUCGUCGGCGAGCUCGUCGUCAUCUAGCAAAGGGCGAAGCGAUAAAGGACGACGCCACCGCAAGGCCAGACGGUCGGCCUUCCACGAAAUGCGCCUCCAGCCCAUCGAGGAAGAAGAUCCUCCGCCUUCGGACCCAGACGAUUCGUCAUCGGAUGGCGGCGGCUCGUGGGGGAAGAAGCCUAGGAGAAGGGAGAAGAAGAGGAAAGAGGAGAAGGAACGAGGGAGGAAGAAAGGAGGAGGAGGAGGUGACGAACCGCCCGGGGAAGGGCCAAACUCCACAGGAGCGGCGAGAACACCUGUCGCGGGCAUCAACCCCCUCAUCAAGCCUGAGAGCCUUCCCUCGUGGGACGGGAAUCGCAACACCGUCAUGGUGUAUUUCUGGAAUAUAGUGGAAUUAGCCCGUCAAGGAGGGCGUAUGCCCCAAGCUCUAGGCGAGUGGUUGUGGUCCCGCUUGGUCGCUAACUCGCCAAUUCAGUGGUGGUACAUGACGUUGAGCGAGACGCGGAAAGACCACAUGCGGCAGAGCCACCGCCAUUAUAUCUCCGCCAUUCGACGGCACUACCUAGGGCCCGCCUGGAUUAGCGCUCUGUCCUCCGAGUUCCGCAUGCAGCAUUUCCGCGACACCAAGAACCCGAGGGAAAGCCCACAGGACUUCGUCUACCGGCGGAUCAUGUACUGUUGGUCGCUGGACUACGCCUCGGAGAACUCGCGCCAGGAAGCGAAGCUCAUCAUGGACGUGGCUCCCAAGGGAUGGAAGCUCAUGCUCAACUUCACCUCAGUACGGACCACGGACGAACUCCUAGCGCGAGUCAUCGAGCACUCGGAGGAUCUCCUCUUGGCGUAUCAUAGGGACCGGAAGCUGGAAGGCUCAGGGGACAGAACCACGCCGAAGACUACGUGGAGGACGUCCAGCGGAGCCGUCAAGAGCACCCCGCAGGCUUUCGACGUGGAAGUCGCGUCCUCCUCCGAGGCUGAGGACGACCCGCCACUAUCCGGUGAAGGAGCCUCCCCAGACGCCUCCUCAAGAGACCUACUGGCGGUCGCCUACGCUGUCGCGGCGAAAAGAGCCGCCGCGGUCACGUCGUACCCAUUCCCCGCUCGACACGACGUGAAGUCCAAGGGCAAGAAGCCCCCUCCGGGGCCCUGCUUCGCAUGCGGCAGUCCGAACCAUUGGAACAAGGACUGCCCGCAUUGGGAAGAUUACGAGCGACGACGUCGGGAGACGGGCAUGAGCGCGGAGACGGCGGAGGACUUGGCGUACGACACGGCCUACGUCUUGGUGGUAGAGCAGGGUUUUGACGGGGCGUCUCGACCUUCCGCGGCAAGCGGGCAGGGAGGGAGUAAGACCCAGGAGGACGGCGAGGAACCUACGCUCGAGGAGGAGGAGGUCUUCGUAACGGAGGUUCCGCCAUUUGUAUCCAGGAUAGAGGAGAUCACCGAGGAGUACUGGCACAAUGGAGAGUGUUUACCCAUCGACUCGUUGUACGACCUGGAGUGCGUGGUGGAAGACAAUGCAGGAGUAAGCGAGUUGGAGGGGCGGGGCAUGAGAGAGGAGAUCAACCUGGCGUCUAACCGGGAGGAGACGCCGGACGGAGAGACGGGUUCGUUGGACGAGGCUCUCCUCGCCGUUAAGCCGUACGAGCCUGAGAAACUGAACGUACGGGGACGAGUGGGCUCCGCCCUGGACAUGGAGAUCAACCUGCGCGUGGAUUCAGGCGCGAGCGUGACAUUAGUCUCGCUGAAUCACUAUCGCGGCCUUAUUAGCCCUCCUCCGCUACGCACGGACGAGGGAUCCCAGCUGAUGCAACUCACGUCGAGAAAAGCGCCGGUGCGAGGCAAGGUUCGACUGUCCUUCCAAAUAUUCGCGAACGACGGAACCGUACUGGAAGCGGAGUGCGAGGUCCAGAUAGUGGAAGGCAUGACCGUUCCGGUGCUGCUGGGUGAAGACUUUCAGCAGGCGUACGAGCUUUCGGUCACCCGAACACUCGAGAUCGACGGAAGCAGCUCAACAACGCUUACCUUUGGGGGAGCGCCGGACCACCCUAUAUCGGCUACCCCCGUGAGGAGGACGAAAGACUACGACCGCAUCGCCAAGUCUUUCCUGGGCGAGAUUCCAGCCGAGAAAAUUGUAAGGGCAACCCUAAGGCGUGGCGCUCCCAGAGGCGCACACAACUGCAGAGGGGAGAACCAAAGAUAA